AAUUAUUGAUGGUUGCGUAACUAUAUAGGUGACUUUGGGGUCGAAUGAUGAAUUGCAGCUGCCGGAUGUAGUGGGCAUGACGAGGAAGAUGGUGGCCAAUCAGGGCAGGAGGUUCUCGGUCUCUGUCGAGAGAGUGGACCCCAGUACUCUGGACACCAGUGCGGCCGUAGUGCCUAAAACAUCGGAACAACAGAAAAGACUGGACCAAGCCAUCGCAAAGGUGGAGUCUCGUCUGUUCCUCUACUCCCGUCUCUCCCCCACUCAGAAGGGGGAUGUGAAGGCGGCCAUGUUUGAGCAGAGGGUGCCUCGCAACACUGACAUCAUCACACAGGGAUCUCAGGGGGACUACUUCUACGUCAUCGAGUCAGGCAUCUACGAAGUGACGAUCGAGUCUAUCGACCCAUGUGCAAUCUCCGUGGGACCAGGUGGCGAAAAGGGCACUGUCGGUUCUGGUGUCGCGUGUGGCGCCGCUGGUUGCGACUCCUCGGAGUUCAAGAAGGUCCGCGUCAAGGUGAAUGAGUACCAGCACGAAGGGUUCUUCGGGGAGUUGGCUCUGUUGCACGGGGACAAGAGGGCGGCCACAGUGACGUCACUGACAGAGGGCACUCUGUGGGCCAUAGACAGGGACUCCUUCCGGAACAUCAUCCUCUCCCACGAGUUCAGACGCAUUUGGAGCUACGAGGCGUUUCUGCGUGACGUGCCCCUAAUGAAACUAUUGAGUGAGGAGGAGAUCUGGAGAGUGGCGGAUGCACUGCAGCCGGAGAUGUACCUCAAGGGUGACGUCAUCAUAUACCAGGGACAGAAGGGGGGCAACUGCAUGUACUUCAUAGAGGACGGCCAAGUCUCUGUCUACUGCCGCACCCCCACAAACACCGUCACUUCAAACGAUGAAGAGCAAGCAUUGGGUGAAGCAAACUGUGGCAUUGAAGGAGAAAGCACUAGCUCCACGCCGGAGAAUAGGCCAGGAGAAGUGGCUCUCAAAAUACUGUCCAGGGGCGCCUACUUUGGCGAAGCAGCUCUGGUGAGUCGCGAGGCGAGACUGGCCAGUGUUCGCGCGGAGAGUGAUUCAGUCCAGUUAUGCAGACUGGACAGACAGGCAUUCGAGAGACUCCUUGGACCUUGCCAGAACAUCAUGGCCAGAAAUGUUGAGAAGUACAGAGAAGAGAGAAAGCGGAUGGGCGUGCAUUGAGCCGACGUGACAAUAAACAGAAUAAUGGGCAUUGCUGUUCUUGGUCUAUUAGCAUGUGUAUCGAUUUUAACUAGCAUAAAAUUAAACUUGACUCUUUUACCGUCCCCUUCUUCAAAAACAAAUCAGUUAUACGAUGCGAAAAUACAUUAACGGAUAUAAAUUAAAUGUGUUUGAAAUUAAACAAUGAGUGUUGAUGUCACGUUUUAAAACCUUCGCAGAAUGAUUUUGACUUUUUUCCAAGUAAAUAUCGAAGAUGGAAUGCAAGGUAAAAGAAGGACCAAUGGUCAAAAAGCAAAGCUUUAUAUCGGAUCUUUAUUAUAAAAUUAUGGGCGCUAUAUUAAUUUUCGAAGCAAAAGUUAUAUUUUCGUUCUGCCAUUUCAAUGCCAAGCUUGGUUUUAAAUCUAAGCAGAAAAUUGUGCCACCACGUCUUUGAAUUCCACUGCAGAUGAUCUUAAUAUUAAAGAGGCGCCUGUCUACAAAAUCAGAUAACAUAUUGCCUAGAUAAAAUGUCCACAAACCAUUUCUUGCGCGUGGAAUCUAGACAAACUCUUUUUGGCUGUCAAUAAGAGGCCAAACUUUACCUUUAUAGGACACACUGUUUGGAGGGUGUGUGUCUGUGGAUCCAUCUACUUAUCUUGAUUUUAUUGAUAUAGUAUUUGAAGCUAAUUAUGUUUUAACCAUUGUCUCUGAAUUCCAGAACAGCAAAAGAAAGAAAAAAUGAAUAGAAAAUGAUGGAAUCCACAAAAAGCUUCGUGAUUGUUGAUGUGAAACACAUGUUGCUAGAUUCCGCAGUGUUAUCCCUUAAACUUGAUUUUUGACUCCGAAUUUGACGGUUUGUUUCUGGAAUUCGCAGUUUGUCUUUGGAUUCCGCUAUUUGUCAUUGAACAUGAAUAAACCUGCUCUGCUUAAGUAUUCCUGUGCCCUUUUGGGGAAUUCACUGUAACAACAAAAACUUUUUGUUGAUUGAAUUCAAAAAACCUGGCUAAGCAUAUGAAUAAAAAAUCAGCAAGGUUGUGAAUUUCAUUUAGUAGCUUGCUAAGCAAAAACCAAACAAUAUGUUUAAUCAUAUGUCGUUCGGUUCUAUUGUACUUUUGACUUGAAAGCAGUUUUGAUAUUCUGUGGAACUCAACUGUGGAACUCAAGAGCAAAACUAAACAAUUCCUGUGCUUUCAGUUCGCUACCAAGUGGAACCGAAUAUGGCCUGGCAACUUUGUAAAUAAUUUGCAUAUCGUUACGCGAUGCAGUUUUGUUAUAUUGAGUUAAUUUGUUUCGAUAAAAACCUGCAUCUCUCGUAUCAACGAGCAGCGUUAUUUGGGUAAACCGUUGAUUCUUUCAACAACCCAAAUUGGUCUCACGCAGAUGAAUCACUAGAAAACUUAGAUACUCCAUGUUUAUUUUUAAAACUUUUAUCUGAAACUACCCUCGUAGACUCAAUAAUUUAUUUCUUUGAAUUCAAUACAAAUUAGAUUGAGUGGGUUCUAUUUAAAUAUGUAAUUAAAGUUUUUGUUUUGG